AUGCAACGGACUCUGGUCUCAUACGAUGACAUAGCUGGGCCACCUCCACCUCCACCACCUCCUCAACACCACUCACAGCACCAUCUACAACAAAAUCGAUCAAACGGUGGUCCACCGAACAAGAAGCGAAAACGGAAUAACAACAACCAAAACAACAAAUAUAAAGCAAAAGGGCGCGCCGGAUCCUCUGCAUAUGCGUCGAGCUCCCGUGCGGAAGACGAGGGCUACGACGAGCAGGACGAAGAGAACGAGGAAAGCCGAGAGCUGACCCACGAGGAGAUCUGGGACGACUCCGCGCUCAUCGAUGCCUGGAAUGCCGCUGCUGAGGAAUACGAGGCCCUGAACGGACCUGACAAGGGUUGGAAAAACGAACCCGUUCACAAAUCACCGCUGUGGUACAACGUCCCUCCACCGCCCGAAACGCUCUCUGCGAACAGAGCACCAAAAGCUGCGCCCGACGCCGAUGCCGAGGGCGAUGACUCAGAGCCAAUCGACUUCAAUACCUUCGUACCGACGCACGAUCCCUCCCUCGCGAGCGGCGCAGCACUGACGUUACCCACUAUCGGACCAUUUUCUAUCCCAGACCCAAGCGGUCCCGUGGCCACUCAAGACGAAGCCUUCAACAAUGCGCUUGGUGCAAUGUAUUGGGCGGGAUAUUGGACGGCCGUUUAUCACAGUCAUAGAAAGGGAGAUGCUAUCCCAGAAGGUAAGGCAGGCGAGAAUGAGGAAGUGGACGACGAGAACGAGGAGGAAGAGGAAGAGGAGGUAGUGGACUACGCGGAAAACACUGACGAGGGUAUGCUGUCUACGCAGCGCUGA